AAUCCCACUAACAGUUGAGCGUGGAAUAUUUAGUAGCCAGGAAAUGUCACGGAUGGACUUAUUGCCCAGGUGGCCACCUAUCACGGGACCACGCUUGGAGUCACUGAGCUCCUGAGCGACCCAUUCUUUCACCAAUGUUUGUAGAAGCAGUCGGCAUGCCUAGGGGCUUGAUUGUAUACACCUGAGUCCAUGGAGGGGAUUGGAACACCUGAAUCACAUGAUUGGGAGGGGAUUGGAACACCUGAAUCACAUGAUUGGGAGGGGAUUGGAACACCUGAAUCACAUGAUUGGGAGGGGAUUGGAACACCUGAAUCACAUGAUUGGGAGGGGAUUGGAACACCUGAAUCACAUGAUUGGGAGGGGAUUGGAACACCUGAAUCACAUGAUUGGGAGGGGAUUGGAACACCUGAAUCACAUGAUUGGGAGGGGAUUGGAACACCUGAAUCACAUGAUUGGGAGGGGAUUGGAACACCUGAAUCACAUGAUUGGGAGGGGAUUGGAACACCUGAAUCACAUGAUUGGGAGGGCGGGGACAAUACUUUUGGCAAUAUAGUGUGUAUGUGUGGAACUUUUUUUGAAGACCUCUUGUAUAUGUUGGUAUGUUUCACAAAUGACACCCCAUCAUAGGUGGGCCUGUCGGGUUUCAGCU